GAGGAAAUCAACUGGGAUUAAAAAUGGUUAUAGAAUUUGUGGGAUUACUCGUGCUGCUUGUAGCACUGUAUUUGGUGAAUAAGAUUGUUGUAGCUCCAACCCUGUUCAGGAUGAAGUAUAGAAGGUAUCCGAAUGUUCAGAUGAGCUCAGAAGCAACUCUUUUUAAAGGAGAUCACGCUCUUGUUGAGAAGAAUGUUGCUAAUAAUGCUUUCGGUAUGUGGUACUACUACGAAAUUGCAUUAUCUGAUAACAAACCAGACCUAUAUGUCAAAUUUAUUGGCCCAGAACCUAUGUUUGUAAUAUACUCAACUAAAGCACUUGCUCAAUUGAAGAAGCUAACUCCUUCAAAGAUUGAUAGAGAUGAGACCUUUGCUAACAAAUUUCUUGGAAAGAUAUUCCCAACUAGUUUUACCCAAGCAGAGUCGGGCGAUAAUUGGAGAGCAAGAAGAAACAGUCUAAUGAAAGCAAUGGGACUUAAUUAUGCAUCUGGAUAUAUUCAGAAAUUACUUAGUUGUAUGGAACAAGUAGCAAGCCAAUGGAAGCCAGGCACUAAAUUGGAUUUCACCAAAGAUUUUGCAGAAGUAGAGUUUUUGUUCAUGACAAAAGUCUUGUUUGGCAAGGAAUUUGAUCUCCAAAAUUUUUUAUUUGAUUAUGAACAAGCUGAUGGCAAGAUAGAACAAAUGGAUAUGCAGAGAGUAAUGCAAAAGAUUGCUCUAGAUACUUUUGAAGGCUACUUGAGCCCGCUUGGAACUCUUUUUCCCUUUAUUAAUGACUACAAUCUUCUCCCUCCUUAUACAAGAAUCGUGAGAAAUGUCAAUAGAUUGACACAAAGAUUACACGAUUUCUUGAAAACUUGUGAUGAUGAGGAUGCUGUCUAUCUCAAACUUAAAAAUGAAGGAGUGUUCACUGAAGAUGAGUUAAUUCAGGAUAUGCUUUUGCAAUUAUUUGCUGGCUCUGACACAACUUCUCACUCAGUUGUAGCCUUGUUUUACUAUAUUAAAAAGAAUCCGGAAGUCUAUGAAAAACUUGUGAAGCUUUACGAACAACAAGGGAUCACUAAGAAUGGAGAUCUCCAAAGAGACAAAGUCACCGUUGAAGGGUUUGAAAACUGUGAAUAUGCUGAGUAUGUUAUCAAAGAAUUAUUGAGGCUUGAUGUUCCAACGGUGGAAACUGUAUCUUACAAGUCUUUAGAAGAUGUUGAAAUUUGAGGAGUCCCAAUUAAGAAAGGAAACUUGUUUACCCUUGGAGUUGCUGGGUUCCACCUUGACAAAAAGCAUUGGCAUGAGCCCAUGAAGUUUAUCCCAGAGAGAUUUGACCCUGAAUCAGAGUACUUUAAUUCUCCAACAACAGGAAAGGCUAGAGAUCCUCUCAGCUUUGUUCCAUUUUCUACUGGCUUGAGAGGAUGUCCUGGACAAACAUUUGCAAAAUUAACGAUGAAGAUAGCACUUCCAUUUUUCUUAUCAAAUCUUGAUUAUGAUGUAGAUGAAGGACUAUUAAAGAACGAAAAGGUAAACUUGAGCAAUGUUUCUCAUCUCCAUCUUGAGAUAGAUAUUAAAGCAAAUAAGUUGCAUAAAUAGUUGCUUCAAAAGCCAACAUAUAUCAA